AUGCUGUCCUCGCGCCCGUUCAUCGCGCUCGUCCUUGCGGCGGUGUUGCAAGCAGCUUCAGCCCAAGAUUUGAAGGAGCAGGUCUGGGCCGUGUUCGCUUACAAUCUCUACGGAGAUCGUGUACCGACUGCCCUGCCUCGUCCGAACAUGCUGACUCCGUAUGGAGCCAACGCACUGUACGCAGCUGGGUCUGCGUUUCGAGAUCGAUAUGUUGCUAUCCAUUCAACCAAUGUCAGCCCGAGCACAAGGAUUGAAAGCAUAUCUUCAUAUGCGUUAGAAGACCAGGAUCUCGAUAUCCUGUCAGCCACCGACCCAUCCGUCAUAGCAUCCGCCCAGGCGUUCAUGCAGGGACUGUAUCCUCCUCUCAAUCAAACCUACGGUGUGCAAUAUCCCGAUCCAUCAUAUUUCAUGGCAAACGGGAGCUGGGCAUCUGCUCCUUUCAAUGGAUAUCAAUACCCCCGGAUUGUCACCGCGAGCUCAGACGAUCCUCAAUCUAUCGUAGUAGCGGGCCAAGAUAAUUGUCUGCUGCAUCAGAUCGCAAACGCCGACUAUGAGCUCGGCUCCGACACCCAGGAAAUAGUGCAGGAGACCGAGGCGUUCUACAACGACCUGUACAGCACGGCACUGACUGGCGUCUUUGACCUUUCCUCAGCCGACUAUGUGAACGCCGUCGCUAUCUCUGAGUUCCUGGAGUACCAGGUCUUGCACAACGAGACCCUGUUCCAUAGUGUCUCCCAUGAACAAGUCGAACUCGCACGCUGGUAUGCCGAUCAAUAUACCUUUGCCACGAACGGCAACGCUGGGUCCUCAGGGCCCAUUGAAAAUGACACCAUCCGCACCAUUGCCGGGCAGACCUUGACAGGCCAUAUUCUGGACGCAUUCGACAACAACGUCCUUUUCCGCGGCACCACCGGGAAGAUCACACUCGUCUUUGGGGGCUACGAACCUGCCGUCGCUCUCAUCUCCCUGAUGCAACUCGCCUCCCAAGACAACAAAAACUUCAACUCGCGCCCUGCGCUCGGCGCCUCCAUGGUCCUCGAGCUGUUCAGUCUCGAGAGCGAUGCAUUCCCGACCUACCCCGACCCAUCCCAGCUCUAUGUGCGUUUCCUCCUGCGCAACGGGACCACCACCCCCGAAUUCCAGUCAUACCCGCUCUUCGGACUCAGUCCCAGCAGCAUCGAGAUCCCUUACACGGAGUUCAAAGCCAAGAUGGAAACCGUCUCGCUCAACUCGACGGCGGAAUGGUGUCUCAGGUGUGACUCAUCAUCUGUGUUCUGUUCGGGUGUCUUGAACGAUACCAGCGCGGACGCAACAGCAGCAGCAGCAGUAUUGUCUUCCUCGAAGCGCAAGGGAGUCAGUCCCGCUGUCGCCGGUGUCAUCGGAGCCGUUGUGACUCUCGUCGUAGUCGGAAUUGCCCUUGUUUCCGGGUUCUUCCUACUAGGGAUGCGCAUGCACCGUGGCCGCAGGCCUAGUCUGGAGGAGAUCAAGGGCGGCAUUGACUUGGGGAGUGAGUCGAACCUUGCCUUGCGGGAACACGCUGCCCCUCCUGGGAAGGCUGUGGUAACGUAG